AUGUGUAUCGCGCUCAACACCCUCGCCACUCCAGCUACCACAACCACUACCACUACCACCGCAACGCCAGACGACGAAACCGCCCUGCCAAAUAAUAGCUCCUCCCUCACAACCACAUACGCCAUCGCAACCGCCUCAGACCAGCAUGCAGCACUCAACCUCUACGUCGACACAUACUGUCAAGUCAUGGUCUCCGCCACAGUCGGCUUCUGGAACACCUCUACCACCACCCCAUCCCUUACCGGCAUAAGGGCCAUCCGAUGGGAGGGCACCGCACCUGCGACAAUGAUCCCCGGAACCCUUUACCCCGUCGCCUUCCCACCCAACAUGAUCAUCCAACCCCUCGCCCCCGUCGAAGAAGACGGGACGCCCAAAAAGAAGCAUCAUCACAAGCAGGAGUUUGUCAUGGACCCCUCUAGAGGCCGCGCUGUGGUGGGCUUGGUAUCGGCGAUUAUGUUUGUCGGGAUCGCGAUUGGAGUUAGGGAGGUAUAUAAAGCUGCCCAGUAUGUCCCGCCAGUGAGGUCUCGUCCGGGGUCGAUCUUGAACGGGAAAGGUGGGAGAGGCUUUGGUGGUUAUGGUAGGUUUAGUGGGGAUGGGAGCGUGAUUGGAACUGUGGGAGCCAGGAGGGUCAAGAAGAAGGAGGCCUACUACCGAAAGCCCACCACCUCUUCUCUCUUCUCCCCCUCUGUCGGCGGCGCUGAUCCGCAGCAGCAACAGCUACAGCAGCUCUCAACGGGCCGGUCCUCGAUGACAACAUUGGCAACUCUCCGCGCGACAACCUCACCCGUUACGAUCGAUAUGGGCGGCAGCGACGAAACCAGGGCCAAGGCCAGGGCGGGACCAGUAGCCACUCCCUCGCAUCGUCACCACCCCAUUCGCGCCUCCACAUAG